UACACACUUGAGAAAUUCAUGUCAACUUACUAAAGUAAUGGCAAAGUAAUGGGUGCCAUAGCAUAAACCCAGAAAUUUGCACUUUCAAAAUUUCCCUUCAAUUCAUUUCUGUUACACUUUCACAAUUAUCCUUCUGUCCCAGAUCGAAUCUCAUCCCCAUCAUCUAAAUUUUCCCUCUAAUUACUUCAAUUCAAGAAUAUUCUUCCAUUGUUAUUACUUCAACUCAAAUCCAUAACCUUUUACUCCUCAAUUUGGAAUCUUUCAUUCUUUGAUUCAUUCCUCAAAAACCCUUGAUUGUUUUUCUGAUUUCUUGUUAAAUUAAUUCUGGGUUUUCCGGGUGAAGCUUUGGAGGUACAAAAAUGGCGGUUCCAGUGGUGAAAUUUCCCAUUUACAUGGUGAUAAGGUUGAUCGGAAUCAUAGUGGCUGCUCUUGUUUUCACCUGGACUCUUCAUUAUAGAGGUGGCCUUGCUCUUAUCUCUGAUAAUAAAGCUCAAAUCUUCAAUGUUCAUCCUGUUUUGAUGGUCAUUAGCCUUGUACUGCUAAAUGGAGAAGCCAUGCUAGCAUACAAAACGGUUCCAGGAACAAAAGCCUUUAAAAAGCUGGUCCAUCUCUCCCUGCAGUUCCUCUCUUUUUGCUUAGCUAUUAUUGGUAUCUGGGCUGCUUUCAAGUUCCACAGCGAUAAGGGCAUUGACCACUUCUACAGUCUCCACUCAUGGCUUGGUCUUGGCUGUCUUUUCCUGUUCACUCUUCAGUGGGCUGCUGGCUUUACAACAUUUUGGUACCCUGGUGGCUCGAGAAACAGCAGAGCUUUCUUGCUUCCGUGGCAUGUUUUCCUCGGUGUCUAUAUAUAUGCUUUUGCCAUAGUUACAACUGUGACGGGUAUCUUAGAGAAAGCUACGUUUCUGCAAGCUAGCCAUAUUAUAUCUCGGUACUCCACUGAAGCUUUGCUGAUUAACUCUAUGGGUAUCUUGAUAAUGGUCCUUGGAGGUUUCGUUAUUCUGGCUCUUGUCGCGCCCGUGAAUGGAAAAGGUGAAAUUCCCCGAACUGCAGAAUAGCUUUAUGCGUUUGGCAAAACUGAGGCUCCUUAUGGCAUGAACAUUAACAAUACAUAUUCUUAGGGAAUUUCAUUUGAACCACAUUGUUAACCCUUGAAUUGGGAUAAAUGAUUAAAAAGCUUGAAAAAUUAUUUUCCAAAAGGAUUUAGCUGUAGUUCCGAAUUGAUUGCUAGACAUUCUACUAUUAUUAAUUUAUUACAGGUGUUUUAACGGGUUCUUU